UUAAUUCUGCAUCUCCAAUAUUUGAAACAAAGAUAAUAACAAAAAUGGCAACCAUACUGAGUUAGGUGAAGUGCGGUCCCUCUGCCAGUAGUGUGCAAUCCACUAUCACUAGUAAAGUAGAGCACACUAUAUAGUGCUUGAUGAUGAAAAACAAAGAUUAUAUCCACAGGGGAAAUGAAAUCAGUUUCAAGAAAGCUUCUUUCCAGUCUCUUCUUUUUACUCCUAGCCCUCCUGUUUUUCAUCAUUGCUGUUUCCAGUGUCAAUGAUGCACGCUCAACAUGUAAUGACUCAAUAGCAGAGUGUAGUCAAGACUUUGAAACCCUGAUGGAUUCGGAGAUAAGCAGAAGGUUUCUUGCAGAAAAGAGGUAUAUCUCUAAUGGGGCUUUGAGGAGGGAUGAGCCAGCCUGCAAUGGUGGUGGUAGGGGUGAACCAUAUUCUUCAAGUGAAGGAUGUCUCCCUCCUCAAUCUAACCGUUAUAAUCGAGGUUGUUCUGCAUAUUAUAAGUGCCGCCAAAAUGCCUAGAGUACAGUAGACACAUGAUUCUGGAGAUAAAAGAUUAUCAUAUUCUGCUUUUGCUAUGUACAAAUGGGGCUUUGUGCAACUCUUUGUACAAAAUAUUGAUCGCCAAGAACUCCUAAAACAUUCCAUGUAUUUUUUCCCAGAAACAGGAGCAAAUCAAAGUUUCCUAUUGUUUCUCCAAGUACCACCUACAUCUUAGCUGGUCAUAUAUGCAGUCACUUUUAACAUCUUACUCGAGACAUAGUCUAAUCAAAUCUACAUGAGAAUAGUUAUUCUCGCCAUCCUAAAGUUUAAAUGUAGAGGAGGAAGAACAAGAUUUCGGAGGGUAACGCAAUUGGAUAGAGGAAGUACUCUUUGCUUGCUGUUCCAUACCUGUUUUCUUCUCAACUAUUUUAUGGCUUUCAUUUCUCUUC